AUUCUCGCUUCCGCAGUACGCGUGCAAUCUCGUAGAUUCAACGUAAUUACGUUACCACGGUCCACAUUGCCUGCAGAAAGUACUCUGCCCUUUUGGAAGAAUAAUAUCGUUAAAAUUUGGUUCAAAUGGCGGAAGAACUAAAUGAGGGUCUUCUACUGGGCAUGGGCAACCCCCUCCUCGACAUAUCUGCCACCGUAGAUGAAGACUUUUUAAAAAAGUACGAGCUAAAGGCAAAUGAUGCCAUCCUGGCUGAAAAAAAACACAAAACUUUGUAUGAUGAGUUAAUAGAGCAGUAUAAAGCCGACUUUAUAGCUGGAGGCUCAACACAAAACUCUAUGCGAGUAGCUCAAUGGUUUCUUGAGAGACCAAAUAUCGCGACAUUUAUGGGAUGCGUUGGCAAUGACAAGUACGCACAAAUUUUAAAAGAUAAAGCACGCUCGGAUGGGAUUAAUGUACAUUAUCAAUAUACAGACGAAGAGCCAACAGGUACAUGCGCAGUACUCAUCACCGGCAAGGAGCGAUCUUUAUGUGCAAAUUUAGCUGCAGCAAAUUGUUUCUCUGUAUCACAUAUUCAAGUACCUGAAAAUAGAGAAUUAUUAGAAAAGGCAGCUUUUAUUUAUAUUUCGGGGUUCUUUUUGACCGUUAGUCCAGAAACUAUACAAGAGGUUGCUCGUCAUGCUCUUGAUAAGGGCAAAACUUUCCUUAUGAAUUUGAGCGCACCGUUUUUGUGCGAGUUUUUUAAAACACCCAUGAGAGCUGCUUUACCGUAUGUAGAUAUAUUGUUUGGCAAUGAAACUGAAGCAGAAACUUUUGCUACUGUGAACGAAUUAGGAACAAAGGAUAUAAAAGAAAUCGCAUUGGAAAUUUCGAAGAUGGAAAAAGUUAACAACAAGAAAAAACGCAUCGUUAUCUUUACACAAGGCCAUGGCCCUGUUAUUUUAGCCAAGGACAAUACAAUAACGGAGUUCUCUGUUGACCAAAUACCUGAAGAAAAGGUUGUGGAUACUAAUGGAGCUGGAGACGCCUUUGUUGGAGGAUUUUUGGCACAGUUCAUCCAGGGCCGCAGUUUAGAAACUUCUAUCAAAUGUGGAAUAUGGGCAGCAUCGCAAAUUAUACAGAGAUCUGGAUGUACUUAUGAAGGCAAGCCUGAUUUUGCGAUAUAAUAAAUUAUAAUUUUGUAGUUAAAUAUUACGUUUAAUACAAAUUAUAAUGUACUUAAAUAAAAACUACUGAUCACGGCAGUAUAA